AUGGCGGAACCAGAUUUCUCGUCCUUUAUGGACACGGACUGGGAGAAGCAAGAAGAAGAAGACUCACGCAACUUGAACGCCCUUCUUGCUGCCCAAUCGAGUACCAAUCAAGAUGAAGAAACCCAAGGUCUCUUCGACAUGAACCGUCCUCUCGACCUGGGUGACAAGGCCGACGACGCAGAAGAUUUCGAGGAUAUCAGCGAUGACGAUCUGCCAGAGGAGGAGGAUGUUAGUGGGGAGAAGAUGGACGACGCGCCUGGACUGACAGAUGACGCCACGGGCAACGAUGAGUACGAUGACGAUGAUCUGUUCGGCGAGAGUGGGCGCGCUUCUUCACCUUUCGAAUUCGAGGAGCCAGAUACACAGCCUACAAUUGCUUCAGAACCGCGUAUCAAUGUCGGACUCACUCUACCUUCUAUCGCGCCUGAACCUGAGUUUGUCGACCUCCGCGCCCUUAACUUUCCAGACCAGUUCGCCGCAGAUGAGGAGGAUGGCAUGCCUAAGGGUGAAGCUGAGAUCGAAGCAUACCUUACUGAGAACUGGCCAGAAUACGAGAAGGAUGCUGUUCUAGACUUCAACAAGCUGUUCCCUCCACACCCAUCGCAUUUCGUUGCGCGAGCACCGGAGAAGCCACCCAAGCCACUACAUCCGACCAAGGUCAGCUUGAACAUCGCCCCUGACCAGGAGAAGCUCUUCCGUACCGCCGGCCCAGCCCAGAGCGACAAAUACACUCGCAUUGCAGAAGAUGAGGCAAAGGGACUUGUCUCAAUUGUGGAAGACUCAGAUGAAGAAGAGGACAGUGACGAUGAGUUCGAUUAUUCUCCUAUUACCGAUAGAGUUGGAGGCAAGAGUAUUCUUGACCUUGACAUCAUCUGUGCCGACUUUGACGUCGUUGAUGCUCCGGCUUUGGUUCCUGCCCCAGUUGAGGAAGAGGAACCUCAGGACGAGUGGGAGAGAGAGUUCUUGGGUCCUGCAACGAAGCGCAACGCCGAGUACGAAUUUGUAUUCAAGCCACGUUUCCCAAUGCCAAACUUCGAUAACUUCGAGCGAAUGACUGCCCAGGUAGCCAAGCGCGUUGUUUUAGAUCUUAACGACCCCCAUCUCCUCGUUGAGAUCUCGGAGGUCGACCGUUCGGCCAAGCGUAGAUGCCUUGGUCUGGGUAAGAGAGCUCCGAAGGAUAUCAAAGCUUCCCUCAACCAGCGAUUCAACAUCUCGAAUGACGACGAAUACUCUCAUCUAAAGAACAAUCAUGGCAAGGUCAGAGCUACAGUCGGUAACAUCACUGUUGAGCAUUCUCUUCCCGCUCAGAAGUUGGCAUGGCCCUAUUACCACGUCAAGCUCAAUGACCACCAGGCUCGGACAUACCACCGACCUCAGCUGCAGCUUGGCAAAUUCCUUCAUCAAAAUAUUCACUUCUCUAAGCCUGGUAUGAGAAAGAAGAGAGAAAUGAGAACCCUGACAACCGAACAAGCCUUCAAGGAAACCAAGGAUCUCUCCCUGUCCGAUUACUACGCGACUGCUACUCUAAUUGAGUACUGUGAAGAGUACCCUACCGUUCUCUCCAACUUCGGCAUGGGAAAUCGUAUCAUCAAUUAUUAUCGACGCAAGGAUGCUGAUGAUCAGAAGGAGCCUGCUAAGUUUGAUGAUCGCGUCGGUGAUACCACCAUCCUCCUCCCAGAAGACAAAUCUCCAUUCUCGAUCUUCGGAACUGUCGACCCUGGCGAGACUGUUCGUACUAUCCACAAUGCCAUGUAUAGAGCCCCCAUCUUCAAGCACAACCCAAAGAGCACCGACUUCUUAGUUGUUAGAUCGAGCACUGGCGUCAACGGCUCUUCCUGGCAUAUUCGUAACAUUGACAACCUUUUCGUGGCUGGUCAACAACUGCCCGCGAUGGAGAUUCCUGGUCCUCAUGCCAGACGAGUCACUAAUGCUGGAAAGAACAGAAUGAAGAUGGUUGCUUUCCGUAAGAUGCGCCACAAUCCGCGUCAGGAAGUUUCUCUCAGAGAGAUCACGGAGCACAUUGCAGAUUCUACAGAGUCGCAGAACAGACAAAAGGUCAAAGACUUCCUAAUCUAUGAUAAGGUCGGUAAGGUGUACAACGUCAAGCCCACCGAAGGUCCACUGGAUGAGUCUUUUGUCCGCACACUGGUCAAGCCUGAAGAGGUUUGUGCCCUGGAUGCCAUGCAAGUCGGAGCAUGCCAUCUUGUCGAUGCCGGUUAUACUCUCGAUAAGGAAGAUGUGGAAGAUGCUGGAGAGAUUCGAAACCAGAGUCUAGAGCAGAAGCUCGCACCUUGGAACACCACUAAAGCCUUUUGCGAUGCCGCACAAGAGAAGGCGAUGUUGGAGCUACAUGGUGCAGGAGAUCCUACUGGCUGUGGGCUUGGAAUCAGCAUGAUUAAGACUUCCAUGAAGGGUGGUUACCUCGAGGGUAUCAAGGAGGGCGAACUGUCAACUGCAGCUGCCAGAGUUGCUCUUGAUCCAAAGGCGAAUAACGGCCACGGAUACAAUGUGAAGGUCCAACAAGAUCUAUAUGGUGGUGGCAUCCAGCGAAUUUGGAAUGGUCAGAAGAACACUUUAUCAGAUCAGGCUGAGAAGGAUGAGAUGGAGGUGGAUGAAGAUGCUCCUGAGGAAGAAGCAUCGAUUGCAGCCAAGACACCUCGAUCUAUGGCCACACCUGCAUUUGAUGAUGACGAAAGCACUUACAGCGAGGACACUCUAGAGAGAGUUCUGAGAAUCACCCGAUCGACCAAGAAUCAAUAUGGACAGCUGGAGGAAGUCACGGAGGUCAUCCGCGAUCAGAAAGUUAUUAACAUGUACCUGAAGCGCCGCACUGAAAUUGAGAUGGCAGAUGUUGACCUUUUGAAGUGGGAGCCCACAGGUGACCCUGAGGCUGAUCGGAUUAUGGCCGCAAGAGCUCAAGCAGAAUUGAAGCGUCUGAACGUCAACAGAGAUCGCCGUAAGCAUCGCUGGGGCGCCAAGGGAAACUUGGACGGAGUCAAAGGUGGUAUCGCCAAGGGACCAAAGUCGAAGACCAAGGGCUCGAAAUCAGCGUCUGCGGGCAUGCUAUCGCCUUCCUCUACUCCCGCUCCUUCCAUUGAAAAGCCUGCUGGAACAACCAGAAAAUGCGCCAACUGUGGUCAAGCUGGACAUAUCAAGACCAACAAGAAGCUUUGCCCAAUGCUUAACGGUACAAUGAAGCCAGGUGACAACCCAACCAACAAUACCGGUUUUGGUAAUGGAGGCUUUGGCAGUGGUGGCUUCGGAAAUGGCGGCUUUGGCGAUGGUGGCUUUGGUGAUGGCGGAUCCAGUGCUCCCCAAGCAUCGUUUGCCUAA